CCGCAAAAGGUCUGCGCAAGUUCACAUCGCAAUAAAAAGCGGUGCUGCAGUUAAGCGAACCAUCCUGGACAUCACUGAUAAUCAGUCUUAAAAUUCGCGCACCAAUACCGAAAGAUGGCUCUGACAGUGCAUAACAUGUCUGUGAAGGCUGGGAAGGACCUGAAGAUCACAGGUGUUCCCCAGAUUAAUGCUGAGGGGUUCACCAUUAAUCUCGGCCAAGGGGAUGAAAACAUCGCCCUGCACUUCAAUGUCCGCUUUAACCAGCACGGAGACCGUCGCACCGUCGUCUUCAACUCCAAGCAUGCCGGCUCCUGGUCCAGUGAGCAGAGGGAGAAGAGCUUCCCCUUUAAGGAGGGGGAGGAGUUUAAGGUAUACGUCAGUUUCAACAAAAGUACAUUUCAAAUCAAGAUGCCUGGCAACACUGUGUCAUUCCCCAAUCGUUUUGGUGCUAACAAGUUCAUGUUUAUCCAAGUACUGGGGGAUGUAAGAAUCAAGGGCUUCAAGAUUAGUUAAACAAGUCUACAGGCACUGGAUGUGGCUGCUGAUUGGCUGUGAUCGUUACCGUAUUCUCUGUGAAACUUCAUUAUGAUACUUACACCACUAAUGCACAUGUGUCUAUACCACGUGUUCCUUCUUGCUAUGUACCCCUGUUUGUACAAACACUGUGAACCUGCACAACUUUCCUCGCUGGUCUUCUGAAGGUAUUUUAACUCCAAACUAUGAAAAUAAUUUCAGCUGUUUUAAUAAAUCUCACUGCAUUUUGCACUGCUUUCAGUCUGGA